AAAAAGUUUAAAAAACUAUCCUCCAGUGAUGGAGGUUCUCGACCAAUAUGGGGCUGAUGCAGCUAGUUCGAAUGUAUAUUAUUAACUCUCCUGUUGUUCGUGCAGAACCAUUACGAUUCAAGAAGGAAGGAGUAUAUGGAGUUGUCAAGGAUGUAUUUCUGCCUUGGUACAAUGCAUAUAGGUUCCUCGUUCAACAAUCUAAAAGACUCAAUGCGCCUUUCCUCCCUCUUGAUCAAACUACUGUACAGAAGUCAUCUAAUGUGCUUGACCAGUGGAUCAACUCAGCCACACAGUCUCUUGUGCAUUUUGUCUGUCAAGAGAUGGAUGCCUACCGACUCUACAGGGUGGUGCCAUAUCUUUUGAAGUUUCUUGACAACUUGACAAACAUCUAUGUAAGGUUGAAUCGCACGAGGCUGAAGCUAAAGGGUACUAAUGAAGAAGAUUGCAGGAUGGGACUCUCUACUCUUUUCCAUGUCCUUUUAGUGUCAUGUAAAGUGAUGGCACCAUUAACACCGUUCUUCACUGAAGCCCUUUACCAAAAUAUGCGGAAAGUUCUGAAUGAUGCAGAGGAAAGCAUUCAUUACUGCAGUUUCCCUCAAGCACAAGGAAAGAGGGACGUUCGUAUCGAGAAAAGUGUUGCAAGGAUGAAGAGAGUAAUUGAUCUUGCUCGUAAUAUCCGCAAACGUCACAACAAGCCUCUCAAAACACCCCUAAAAGAGAUGGUCAUUGUUCACCCUGAUGCAGACUUUCUUGAAGACAUUGAUGCCAAACUAAGAGAGUAUGUGCUUGAAGAACUGAAUGUGCAAUCUCUAGUCCUGUGCAAUGAUACACUGAAGUAUACUUCGUCGCACGCAGAGCCUGACUUCAGUGUGUUAGGUAAGUGGCUAGGAAAAUCUAUGGGAGUUGUUUCCAAACAAGUCAAGGCCAUGUCACAGGAGAGUAUCUUAGAAUUCGAGAAAACUGGAGAGGUUACUCUUUGUGGUCAUUCUCUAAAGCUGAAUGAUAUUAAGGUUGUUAGAGACUUCAAAUGUCCUGAUGGCACAACAGAGAAGGAGAUUGAUGCAUCAGGAGAUGGUGAUGUUCUGGUGAUCUUGGAUUUGCAUCAAGACGAAUCAUUGUUUGAGGCAGGUGUUGCUCGUGAGAUUGUUAGCAGAGUUCAGAAGUUGAGGAAGAAAUCUGGCCUUGGACUCACUGACAUUGUGGAUGUGUACUUUGAGUCUUUGGAUGAAGAUAAAUCAGUCUCGGACCGAGUUUUGCAUUUGCAGGAACAAUACAUUAAGGAUGCCAUAGGUUCGCCAAUGCUUCUUUGCGGUGUGAGGCCAUCACAAGCUGUUGUGGUUUGGGAGGAGAAUUUCCGUGGAGUAUCUGGAAUGUCAUUUAAUAUCAGUUUGGUUCGACCUAUCUAGUGUUGAGCAGGAAAUGCAGACAUGAGAAGGGAUCAAGAAAAUACGAAAUUCGACUUCAAAAAUGAAAUGUGGCUGUUGAAGACGAUUUGAAUAGCAAAAUGUGGGUUGUUCUCGUUUUGGUUUUCUUUUUAUUGCAAACUGAUACUGUAUUCAUCCUAACGACUUUAGUGUUCUAUGUGCAUCCAUGCAUCAAACUUGUG